AAAAACCGAAAAACUGCCAUAGCGGGAACCUGUAAGAAAAAAAAAAGUCAAAAACACACAAACAGAGAAAGAGAAAGAAAAAAAAAUGAAAUUCGAGUGCUCUGAGCUGAAUCUCUGGAAAGAAGCACUCUCUUCCUACUCAACUCGCUUAGAAUCCCUUAACAAACCCAACCUAAUUUCCUUUGACGACUUUUACCGCAACCAACUCCCUCCGAUUCUUCGCAACCGAAACCCUAACCCUUACAUCACCACCGCCGAGCUCUCCAAACUCAUGCAAUGGAAGCUCACACGUGGCAAAUGGAGGCCGCGUUUGUUGGAUUUCGUUUCGUCUUUGGACGAGGCGGUAGUGAAAUCGGCGUCGGAAAAGGCAUUCCAAUCACUGCCUGAUGUUUCCAAGGCUGUGUCUGAGCUCACGGUGCUCAAAGGCGUCGGUCCCGCCACCGCCUCCGCCGUUUUGGCUGCUUACGCGCCGGACGUGGCGCCGUUCAUGUCCGACGAGGCUAUGGUGGCGGCACUUGGUAACUCAAAAGAUUAUUCACUGAAGCAGUACCUGUUAUUCGCGAAUAAACUCCAGACUAAAGCAAAGGAAUUAAGUUCAGAAAACGAAACCUUUACACCAUCAGAUGUAGAAAGAGCACUGUGGAGUUCUGCUAUGGAAACUAAGCAGCUAGCUUCACAUCCAGAUGCAGACUCCAAGGUUAAACCAAGUAAAAGCUCCAAGAGAAAGAGAAAGCCUUGAUUUAGUAAUGUGCAAGUUGACAUCAAUGCUUAUAAGCUUUGAACCUCUUAGAUGUGAUCAGGCCUGAUGUGGGGGCCCAACAUUCCAAUUUGAAACGUCAAGGGAUUGGGCGUUUGGGUCGCCCUUUAAACUUUUUCCUUUGUAAGAUACGUUCAACGAGUCUUGUUAGAUGUCAGAGUCUUGUUGGUGAACUAGCAUUUUUUAGUUUUUGAAACGAAGACAUUCAAAUUUUCCCUC